AUGUUACAUAAAGGCACUCAGACCCAAUCUAGCAGUCAAGACCCAGCGAGAGAUGCAGUACGUCCUAGUACCAGUGCUGCAGCUCUAACAACAAUUAUACAGUCCACUUCGAACUUAGAAAAUGACAACUUUACUACCUUGACCCUCCAGAAUAACCAAAUUUGCCAGCGUCAUCCUAGGGGGACCCUAUUGUUCACUGCCAUGGUUCAAAUAGAAUCGCGAGGACAGUUAUACGAUGCCAGGGCAAUCAUUGACUCUGGGUCGCAAUCUACAUUUAUUUCGGAGAAAUUGAAAAACAAGUUGAGUCUGUCGACAAGGCGAAAUUUAGUUCAUGUCACGGGGCUUAGCCAAAUGGUAGCGGAGACCUCAACGAAAACUUGUCUUUUUACAUUACGUUCACGAUUAGACCCCUGUUACGAAUUAGAGGUGUGGGCACCCGUUUUGAAGACCCUGCCUUCUAAUCUGCCUCCACAGAAUUUAGACCUUGCACAACUUCGAGAUGUUGCCAACCUUGAUUUGGCGGAUCCGAAAUUUUACAUUAGCCAACCGGUUGACCUUCUAAUAGGAAUGGAUAUAGGACCCUUAAUCUUCGAUAUUGGAUCCCCUAUGAAAUCAAUCGGGUCGCUCUUAGCGCAAAAUACUGUUUUUGGAUGGAUCAUUGGAGGACCCAUCAUACAAGAGACUUCGGACGCUAGCCGAGUCUCAUUACACAACACAAUCUCAAUAGAAAAGAUUUUGACACGUUUUUGGGAGGUGGAGGAGACCCCAAAAAAGAUUUUAAGGUCAGAAGAAGACCUGUUUUGUGAGCAAAACUUCAGAAAAACGACUCGACGCGACUCAAAUGGAAGGUACAUUGUGACCCUCCCCUUUAAAAGUUGUGAAGUGGUAGGAAAUUCUAGGAAUAUUGCAAUGGCACAAUUCUAUAGAAUGGAAAGGAAGCUUCAAAAGACCCAAGAAAUCAAGGAGCAAUAUGAUAACGCCAUUCUCGAAUACCUAGAACUUGGGCAUAUGAGGAAGAUUUCUGCAAAUGAAAUAUCCAAGACACCAAAUUUCUAUUUGCCACAUCAUGCGGUCAUCAAACCAGACCGACUCACAACGAAACUUAGGGUUGUUUUCAACGCGUCAAGUCCUUCGUCAAAUAAAAAAAGCCUCAAUGAUAACUUGUUUUCUGGACCCAUUUUGCAACAAGACCUUGUUUUACAAAUCUUGAAGUGGAGAUUCUUCAAAUAUGUUUUUAAUGCGGAUGUCACAAAAAUGUAUAGACAGAUCCUUCUCGACCCUAGUCAGACCCGGUUUCAAAGAAUACUCUUUAGAAAAUCUCCAACAGACCCAGUUGAGGAUUUUGAGCUCUUGACGGUCACAUUUGGAGUAAAUUGCGCACCAUUCCUUGCAAUCCGGACACUUCUUCAACUUGCGGAAGAUGUGACGGACACAUAUCCACUGGCGUCAAAAAUUAUACGAGAACAUCUGUAUGUUGACGACGUAUUAGCCGGGGCCCACACACUCGAAGAAGCCAUUGCAUCUAGAAAAGAGUUAAUCGUUGCUUUGGAAUCGGCUGGAUUUAAACUCAUGAAAUGGACGUCGAAUAAUCACAAAGUCAUUCAGGAUCUACCGGCAGAACAACUGUUUCCCGUAAAUUGGCUGGAGCUAUCUGAAGACUCCUCAACAAAGACCCUUGGCAUAAGAUGGCAUAUUUCUGGGGAUUACUUCACUCUUACUCAACCUUCACGAGAAUUUAGACAAUCUUACACAAAAAGAGAAGUUCUAUCGGCAAUAGCGAAACUGUUUGACCCCUGCGGGUGGUUGGCCCCAAUUGUUGUCGUAGCUAAGCUGGUUAUGCAGCAAGUAUGGCUAGACAAAAUCGACUGGGAUGACGCGCUUAAGUCAAUAACUCUGAUAAAUUGGCAGAACUUUGUUAAAAACUCAGGGGCUAUAGAAUCGGUUAAGAUUCCAAGGUGGAUACGUUUCACACCUGGAUCCAAGGUCGAGGUACACGGUUUCUGUGAUGCUUCGGAGAGCGCAUAUGGAGCCGCCUUAUAUAUAAGGGUGGAGCAUGACAACCACCAAACCGACACCUUUCUCUUAGCCGCAAAGACCCGCGUGGCCCCGAUCAAAAAGAUUUCUUUGCCGAGACUCGAACUAUGUGGAGCAGUACUGCUCUCGAAGUUAGCUUCAGCAACCAUAACAAACCUUCAGAUUUCGAAAUUUACGACACAAUUUUGGACAGAUUCCACAAUUGUUUUAUCGUGGCUUAGGAAACCGCCGUGCGCUUGGAGCACAUUCGUGGGAAACCGCGUUUCAGAAAUUCUGGAAAAUGUUGGCAAUGAGAACUGGCGCCAUGUAGACUCUGAGAGUAACCCUGCGGAUAUUGCGAGUAGAGGCUGCACACCUUCCGACUUGCAAGACCAUAGUUUAUGGUGGCACGGUCCGCAGUGGUUGAUUUUGCCUAAAGAUCGGUGGCCAGCCUUUCAAGUUCCUGAAGACACAAACCUGGAAGAGAAGACGGUUAAAGUCUUGGCUACAUCAUCCUUUGAAGACCCAUUAAUUAGAUUUUCAUCAUUGUCUCGUGCAUACAGGGUGAUAGCCUACACUUUGCGUAUUUGGCGAAAUACGGGUUCUAAUCGAUCACAUCUUAGGGUUUCAUCUUUGGAGAUUACAGCUGAGGAAAUUCAGGAUGCAAAACGUCGUCUACUCAUUAUGACUCAACAGAACUAUUUCUCACCCGAAUAUCAUGAUUUACGACAAAACACUAGAAUUUCCUCCAGCAGUAGCCUUCUGACCCUAAACCCAUUCAUAGACUCUAAUGGAUUAAUGCGGGCUAAUGGGCGCCUUGUACAGUCUCCCGUUUUAACGUACGAUGAGAGACACCCUAUUCUUUUACCAUAUGAAGCCAGACUCACACAGCUUUUAGUAGAGUUCACUCAUCGAAUAACUCUUCACGGAGGAAACCAACUUAUGACCCGAGUUUUGCGAUCUGAAUUCUGGAUAUUCAGAUUAAAGCCUUUGGUAAAAAAGGUUAUCCAUAACUGCAAAACUUGUAUUUUGUAUCGAAAACAUUCGCAGUCUCAGAUCAUGGCUUCCUUGCCACCUGAGCGAACUACACUGUCUAGACCCUUCAAUAACACUGGGGUUGAUUUCGCAGGACCCUUCAAUAUAAAGAACUAUUCGGGACGUGCAUGCGUUAUAACGAAAGGUUACAUUUGUAUUUUCGUCUGUUUUGCUACCAAGGCCGUUCACUUGGAAGCUACAAGUGACUUGUCCUCACAAUCUUUUCUAGCCGCAUUUUCACGAUUUAUAGGCCGACGGGGCUGCCCUUCAUGUAUAUACUCCGACAAUGGGAAGAAUUUCGUGGGAGCCUCAGACAUUUUGAAAAAAGGUCGCCUUGAGCUUUUUAAGACUCUUCGGAAUCAAGUCUCACAGCUAAACGCAUAUCAAAAUCUUACGUGGAGGUUCAUACCUCCGGGCGCCCCUCAUAUGGGUGGCCUGUGGGAGGCGGGAGUCAAAUCUCUCAAAACCCACCUUCGUAAACUUAUUCCAAAGAUGAAUUUUACAUUUGAGGAACUUUCUACAAUAUUAGCUCGUAUAGAAGCUUGUUUGAAUUCACGACCCUUGAGUGCAGCUAGUGACGACCCCAACGACUUUUCACCGCUUACUCCUGGUCACUUUCUUAUCGGAACACCCAUUCUUGCGCCAGCUGAGCCCAACGUCUCUGACCAAGACUUGACCCUUGCAAAUAGAUGGAAACGGCUCAAGAUUGUUUCUCAACAUUUUUGCAUGCGCUGGAAGUCAGAAUACCUCAAAGAACUUCACCGUAGAACAAAAUGGAAAUACCAGCAGGAUAAUCUUAGAGAAAAUGACUUAGUCGUUAUCAGGGACGAUAGGUUUCCUCCCACUGAAUGGGUUAUGGGCCGCGUUGAAAAAACUUAUCCAGGAACCGACCAAAAUACACGAGUCGUCGACGUUAGAACCCCUCACGGUACCCUGAGUAGACCCAUAACUAAACUGGUCAAACUUUUUUCCGCCUGA